AUGGCGGUCGAGGGUCUGGAAGAGUUAUCCCGCGUCCUACUCCCCGCUUCUAUUCGAGGGCCUCGACCGCUGGAGCCCCCGGCGAGAUCCAGACUGAUUGGCCACCGCCGCCCAGGGAGGCGCGCCCGCUUCCCUGCUGAAGGUGUUGAAGGAGGGGUUUUUUUAUUCCCUACCUAUUAUUUUGAAUUCUCACCACCACAACAACACGGGAUGCGAUCAAAUGGUGGUGCUGUCUGUUUGGAACUACUGACGCCGUCUUCCCAAUCAAGCACCAGAGAAGCUUAAAAUGAUUGAUAUUUCCGGUGCAUCUGAAAUUUCAAAUCCUUUCGAAUUCUAAUUGCGAGGAACGAACAUUGGGUUUUUUUUCCCCUCCUCCCUCUGUGAUUUUUUCUUUUUCUUUUCCUUCUUCCCUUUUUACUGAUCAAGACAAGAAAUUAAAUAAAAAAUCAAUCGUAAUCAUAAUUAUCAUAAUAAUUUCAACACAUCCAUCCAUCCAUCCCAGUGGAAGCCUAAACUUACCUUUUUUUUUUUUUUUUUUUUUUCUAUUUCUCUCUCACUCACUCACCCUCUCUCUCUCCAUUCCGAAAGAAGAUAAUCGUGGAAACAAAUACCAAAAAUAUGCGUUAAAUAAAAUAGGCAGUUAAGAAUAACAAUAACCUGAGAAAUGAUAAAUCAUCC